AUGGAUCUUGAUGAGUGGGAGUACCUCCCUGAUGAUGGGUUUCUUGAUUUCCAUGAAGAGAGAGAAGAGAAAAGGAUUUUCUCAAGCAAGGCAUAUUCUGAUUCCAAAAGCGUUUUCAACAUGAACUACUUCAUAAUCCCAUCACCCAAUUCAAGAAAACUCAUCGAGACACCACCACCAAUUCCACCACAGGGGUUUAUUAAUUCAAGGGUGCCUAAUCAGCUUGUGCCUGUUCCAAUUCAAUUGGAGCUACCUCCAAGCUUUGUCAAGGCCUCAGAAGAAGAAGAACAAGUCCCUGCUGCUAGGGUUCUAGUUGAUGAGAAGACUAAUUAUAAAGCAAAAGCUUUAGAAGCUGAUGAUCAAGACACACAACUCUCCCAAGUCUACUUCAAGAAAACUUGGGAAAAUGAAUUUGCCGACAUGAAAAUGGACUCACCGAAGUCUCCUACCUGCAGAUCACCAAGAUUUAUGCAGCAUCAAACUACUGAUGCUGCUGCUUCUAUUGAGAGCAAGAUCACCUCUCCUAGAAUGAAAAUUGGUGAGAAAAACAACUUGUUCGAAUCAGAAGACACCAAGAAGGAGGAGAAGGAGGAGGAUGAUGAUUUGGUCAAGAAUGGUAGGGAUCAUAACAGGAACAACAUCUGGAAGCUGAGCUUAACUGGGAUUGGAGCUAUUUGCUCUUUUGGUUUUGCUGCUGCUACUAUUUGUGUUCUGUUUUUCGGUACGCACCAGAGAAACAAACAGUAUCAACAGAACCAGAAUCGCUACCAGAUCUACACUGAUGACAACAAGAGGAUUAAGCAGGCAGUUGAGCAUGCAACCAAAUUCAAUGAAGCAUUUUCAGCGGUUAGAGGGGUACCCAUCACCAGAGCUCAUGUCACAUUUGGUGGUCACUAUAAUGGUCUAUGA